AGAUUUCCUGUGUAUCAGUCCUUUUAUUCCCCGGCACCGUGCCCCUAUGCAGCACAUUAGGGAGCAAUAAUAAUCCAUGGGAAUAGUCUCCGUCAGGCAAAUGCAGUGUUUUAUGUAUUGUCUGCUCUCUAUUAUUUCUGUCUAUUUGUAAAUAACGUUAGGUCUGCAGCAGCAAGGAAGCCUUUCAGCAUGUUGCCGCUUUCAGGGACCUUAGCAACCAGCAAGCAGCUCUGCGGGGAGAAUCACUAGUAAGAGGCAGGAAGACAUGCAUUUGGAACCAAUGAACUACAAUGUGCCGACCCCCGAGCAGCUUUUCCAAGUUGCACAGAGGGAAUACCCAGAAGCUCCUGUACAUAGAGAAGAAGAAAAUGAAAAGGAGAUCGAGACAAUAGUAGAAAUAGAAGAAAUCGUAGUAGAAAUAGAAACCAAGGACUGUGAAAGCAGCUUUUCUGACCCUAUUCAGAUGACUCCUAGUCCUGGAGCAAAACUGAUUGUGGUACAAGAAGCCAAGAUACGACUCGAAUACACUGCAGAAAUAGCCCCGGCUGCUUCCUUAGCUGAGGACUAUGCAGAUCUAUGGAAGAGACCUGAGUGCCAUCAGAUAGAAGGCAACGAUCUUAUGGAUGACUCAGUUGAACCAGUUAUGAUUGAUCCAAGCCCUGGGGCAAUGCUGAUAGUGGUCCAAGAAGCCAAGUCAGAGGAGCUUAAGCCGCUAUUAUUCGGCCAAGGUUUCCUUACGACUUCCCUGGGCAGUGACAGUACUUCAUUAGAGACCGAGUAUCUGUCAGACUCAGAUACAACUACAGGCUCUGUGAGUAUAUUAAAGAUGGAGGAAGCUUCGGAAGAGAAUCCUUCAGAUUUACUACCUGAGGAUCCUUCCGAAGAAUCACAUACAGGCUCUGUGAAUGUAUUAAAGAUGGAGGACGCUUGGGAAGUCAGUGAGAAGCCUUCAGAUUUACUACCUGAGGAUCCUCCCGAAGAAUCACAUACAGGCUCUGUGAACAUAUUAAAGAUUGAGCACCCACCAGAAGGCAGCGGGAGUACUUUAGAUUCCCUAACUAAAUUUCUGCAAAAAGACAUCGUUUUUAGUGGAAAUAGCUCAGCUGCCGGGAGUAGCUCACCUGAACAGGAGUCACCUCCAGAAUGCCUUGCACGAGCGAACAUUCGGGAUCGUGGCUUUGUUUGUUCAGAGAAGAUACAAAUUCAGCCCGGCUCUAUACAGCCCACCCAGAAGGAGGCGUGGGCAGAGACACCAGCGAUUGGAGGGGCAUGUGCCAAUCAGGAUCGUCAGAACAGCUUGAUCUCCACUGCUGACUUCGAGUUCUGUAGAUGGCUCGGCAGUGGAAGAUUCGGGCAGGUCUAUCAGGCAGAACAUAAGAAGACGGGGAAGAUGGUCGCCAUCAAGCGCAUGGAAAAGGAAUAUUACUUUGAGAAUAAUAUGACUGAAAGGGUUUUCCUGGAGAAAGAUAUAUUAAGGUUGGCGAGGAACUCAAGAAACCCUUUCCUUGUGAGUCUAUUCUGCGCCUUCCAGAGUGAGCACCACGUGUACAUAGCGAUGGAAUUCGCUGCUGGAGGCAGUUUAUCGACCCAGUUGAAGAGAGGUGCACUCCCCCAUGACAGAACUAUGUUCUAUUCUGCGUGCAUCAUAAUGGGGAUCAAGUUCUUACAUGAGAAUCAAAUUGUCCACCGAGAUUUAAAGCCUGAAAAUGUAGUUAUAGACGGCGCUGGAUAUGCCAAACUUGCAGAUUUCGGAGUGUGCAGAACAGGGCUAGAAGAUGUGAAGAACAUGGAAAUGUUCCGACGCUACAAUGAGCCAGUGUUCUAUUGUUUCCUGCUACUUGCCCUUACCAAGGGCAUAUGGUCCCAAAACUCCUGCCAAGUGGAUGAGAAACAAAAAUAUGCCAAUUGCCAAGGGCAGAAUCUCAAUGACGUCCCAAAGGACCUUCCCGUCACGCUGGAGGUUCUGGAUCUGUCCUGCAAUUGGAUCUCCCAAAUCAGAGUUGAUGACUUUUCCUCUUACACCAACCUACAAGCCUUAAAUUUGAGUUUCAACAAUAUUUCCACCAUAGACAACAGCUCAUUUGCCUCCAAUACUCAGCUGAGGAACCUGACCCUGUUUAAUAAUGGCCUAACGGAGAUGCCUUCAACGUUGCUUGAACCUCUUCUGCUCUUGGAGGUCCUCGAUCUGUCCGACAAUUUGUACAACUACUCUACUCUCGGGAAAGUGUUUAAGACAUUGGCGAAUCUCCGAAGUUUGUCCAUCGGUGGCCCGUUUGUCAGCAAGGUUCUGAGAGGUGAUUUUGUCCCCAUAAAGAACAUCAGCCUCCAAAAAUUUGAAUUGAAGACUAGAUCCAGCCUUAGGUUUUAUCAGACGGGGGCCUUCUCAGUCCUAAACACUGACGUUCUAGUGUUGGUUAUGACCCUUGAUACGAACCCAAAAGUACUGCCGAUGAUUCUAAAGGACCUGGCAGGGAAAUCAUUGGACAUCCUCAGUUUUGGGAACUUAUUUGAACACAACUAUUACGCAGGACCCACCAAUCCAUUCUCCAGCCUCCCAGAUAUUAAUGUUAGGGAACUGAUCUUCAAUAGAGGGAAAGUGAACCAGAAGCUCUUGCAGCUGAUCUUGGAAACCAUUCAGACCUCCAGUAUCCAAGACCUCUCCCUCCUCUCUGUCGACUUUGAUUAUAGUGACGUACGGACCACCGUUGACGUCAAAAUGGAUAAUCUUUUCCUGAGAAGCCUGGUCAUCAAAGACGCAACCAACCCCGAUAUCCUGACGUUUGAUCAGACGUUCACCUGGUUCAGUAAGGUGAGCAACCUGUACAUCAUCAACGUCAACUUCAAUUUUGCGCAAUGCGACACGUGGAGUCAGAUGAAAAACGUCGAGAGACUGGAUAUACGCAACAACCUUCUUCUGAGCUCCGACCUCUACAAUCCGUCGUGCAAGUACGGUGAGUUGCCCAAGCUCCACACAUUCACGGCUGCCAACAACAAUCUCCAAAUCCUUAAGCCCAUUUCUUUGUUGACGGCCAACUGGCCCAAGCUGUCCUCUCUCGACCUUUCGUCUAAUUACAUAGGUUCUGAGGAUGAAAACUGUUCGUGGACUCCUAACAUAACGACUUUUAUAUUAAAGAACAACCUUCUUACACCGGGGGUGUUUACCUGUUUGCCCACCACAGUGCGAUACCUGGAUCUGUCCAACUCACGCCUUGAGUCGUUGGAUAUGGAUUACUUCAGCAAUGCCACAAACCUUAAAACGCUGGUUCUCAGCUACAACAAACUCACCUCGAUAUCCAGCAACUGGAGUAAUCCUUUCCUUCAGGUUCUGUUUCUAGAUAACAACAUUAUUAGUAUUAUUGAUAAGGGGUCCUUUAAUAACUUGCCCCAGCUCAGAACCUUGACCGCAGGAAAUAACCCAUAUCAUUGCACUUGUGACCUAUAUUCCUUCUUCUCAGACGUUCUAGGUAAAAACAAGAUUACAAUUUCCGAUUGGCCACAAUCCUAUUGCUGCUAUCACCCUCAGCAACUUAGGAACACAAGGGUGGACAUUUACACACCUGGGUCAAUAGAGUGCAACGUGGGAUUGCUGGUGGCUAUAACGGUGUCGACAACGGCAGUGGUGGUUAUAGCCUGCAUGAUAAUGUGCUGGAGGCUUGAUGCCCCUUGGUAUUUUCGUAUGAUGUGCCACAUUGUCAAGUCCAAAUACCGUUCCAAAAAGGCCAAUGACAGCAGAGAAUACAACUACCACGCCUUCAUCUCCUACAGCUACUCAGAUGCCGACUGGGUGAGAGGGGAGCUGCUGUACCGGCUGGAGAGCUGCAGCCCCCCGUACCGAGUUUGCAUUCACGAGAGGGACUUCCUCCCAGGUCGAUGGAUCAUCGACAACAUCAUCGACAACAUCGAGACCAGUCGCAAAACCAUCUUCGUUCUCUCCCACAACUUCGUCAACAGCGAGUGGUGCAAUUAUGAGCUGUACUUUGCCCACCAGAGGGCCAUCGGACACUCGUUUGAGGACGUCAUCUUGGUGGUCAAGGAGAACGUCACCCUGAAGGACCUUCCGAAGAGGUUUCACAAGCUCAGGAAGAUGCUGAGGAAGAAGACCUACCUGGAGUGGCCUUCAGAGCCAAGCAAGCAGCAUUUCUUUUGGAUACAGUUGAAGAACAUUUUAGGCAGCCCUUCCACUGCCGGGGCUCUGGAACCAUGUCCUGCCUCAGAGGUCCCAUCAAUAACCUACAGCAAAAUUAACUUGCCAGGCAGCUGACUGCCCCGUAAUGGAUUU